AUGUCCCCAGCACAGAUCCCCCACUUCCUCCUCCCCCGAGGCCUCCCCACCGCCAGAACCCUGCGCACCCUCCAACAAACACAACACGCUGGCCAUGGCUUCAACACUUCAACCCGGCGCUGCUUCUCCGAGUCUCGCAGCGUCGCCGCAAGACCGAAACGGGUCACCGAUAAAUCGCGCGUGCUCUCUCAACCAGACAAGUUCCGUCCCCCGUCGCACCCGCAGCGUCUGGUCAAUCAAGCGCGUACCUCGCCGACGGGCCAACCAGUCAAUUAUGGCCGGGCAUUGAGCGCAGAGGAGCGCGCAGCGCAGGAUAAGAAGCAGUACCCGAAUAUGUUCCCGCCCGAGGGAACAGUGAUGUUCAAGUUCUUGACAUCGCGGUGGAUUCACAUUUGGAUCGCAAUGAGCAUCCUAACCAGCCUCGCAACAUUCACCUUCACCACAAACUUCAAAGCAACCUCCCCCUUCGCCCACCUCCUCCCCUCCUGGUCCGACCUCCUCACCCAUCCAAUCGACACCCUCUCCCAGGCAAUGCACGUCUACCGCAUGCACGUGCAACACGAGUCCAUGCGCGUCCGUGAACAGCGCCAGCGCCGCGUCGAAGACGCCGAGAAGCGCCGCCAGUACCGGAUUGCGCAUGGCCUGGAGGACGCGCCUGAGAAGGAGGGUGUGGUUUCUGGGGAGAUGGUUGAUGAUGGCCAGUCGCCUGUUGCGGUGGAUGUUGCCACUGCGGCUGCUGGGGAUGUAGCUGGUGUUGGGGGCGCCGGGGCGAGUCAGGAGUUUGUUGAUUGGGAGGGGAAGAAGAAGCCUGUUAAGAAGUGGCUUGGGAUUUGGUGA